AUGACCGAGGAGCGCCCAAGCUGUCCGCUGCCCCGCCUGUCCUGGCUGACCUUCCUGCGGGUUGCUUGGCCGCUGGUUUUCCUAGGUGCGGCAAUCUUCUGCCUCUGCCGGUGCCUGACAGGGCAAAAGCAGUGCGAGCAACCAGGGUGGGACAUCGCUGAACUGCAGUUAAAUCACACAGGACCACGGCAGGACCCCAGGCUGCACUGGCAGGGAGGUCCAGCCCUGGGCCGUUCCUUCUUACAUGGACCCCAGCUAGACGACGGGCAGCUGCGUGUCCAGCGCAAUGGCAUCUACAGGCUGCACGUGCAGGUGACAUUGAUCAACUGUUCCUCUUCGACACAGACCACCAGGCCCCACAGAGCCACCCUGACUGUGGGCAUCUGUUACCCCACUGCCCGGAGCAUCAGUCUGCUGAGGAUCAAAUUCCAUGGGGGUUGCACUGUCGCCUCCCAGCGCCUGACACCCUUGUCCCAAGGGGAUAUACUUUGCACCAACCUCACUCUGCCACUGCUGCCAUCCCCAAAUGCUGAUGAGACCUUUUUUGGGGUUCAAUGGGUACAGCCCUAG